UAUCCAAUAACUUCAGGGCGGACAGCCACAUCUGACAAGUCAGUCAGUUUCUCGUAUCAAUCCGAGCCGUGACCCCGCUAUGCUUACUCUCGACUGACCCAAGCGUCGAUUGAUUCAGCUGGGUUAUAAUAUAAAUGGGUGCAACUGACCGGCUCUUCUGCUCUCACCUCAUGACAACUCAUAUACAAGUCCAUCAUCAUGAGAAGAGAUACCUCAUCUUUGUCCGAAAUCCAGCCAGUGUACGACUAUGUCGUCGUUGGAGGAGGAACUUCCGGGUUGGUGGUGGCCAGCCGAUUGACAGAAGACCCCGCAGUCAGCGUUCUGGUGUUGGAAGCUGGAAGCGAUCGUGUCGACGAUCCGCGUAUCGCAGCUCCGGGCCUCUCAGCCAGUACCUGGUUUGACCCUGAAUUCGAUUGGAGCCUUAUCAGUGAACCUCAGGAAGGUCUUAAUGGCCGACGCCUUGCUCAGUCCCGCGGUCGAACAUUGGGAGGUUCCUCGGCUAUCAACAUGGGCAUGGCAAUAUACCCUAGCCGUAGCGAUAUCGACUCAUGGGAGCAGCUGGGAAACUCAGGCUGGAACUGGAAGUCUCUCUCCACCUACAUGCGAAAAUCGCAGACAUUCAUACCGCCGUCGGAUGAGAUUCGUGACCAGCUAUCGCUUGGCUAUGUCGACCCGGAUGUUCAAGGGACCGAUGGACCCAUCCAGAUUUCGUUUGGUAAUGGGCCUUUUCCGGCGUUCACGGCUGCCUGGCCCCGAACCUUUGAGGCUUUGAAUCAUCGGCUGACAGGCGACCCAAUGUCUGGUCUGGCUAAGGGUGCCUUUUGCAAUCCGGCUACUAUCCACGGGACCUCACGGGCUCGUAGUCAUGCGGGCGUCGCCUAUUAUACUCCCGAAAUAGCGCAACGCUCGAAUCUCCGAGUCAUCACCGAAGCCUUUGUGGAGAAGGUUCUGCUCGACAAGACAGCCUGUGUCGAUGACGGCCAAGCUAUCGCGACCGGUAUCCAGUUUCGAGGGAAUGAUGGAAUCCAACACACGGUGUCCGCAAGAGCAGAGGUUAUCCUAGCGGCUGGCACGAUCAAGACACCGCAUCUGCUAGAGCUCUCAGGCAUCGGUGAUGCAAAGCUUCUGCAAGCACAUGGUAUUGAUAUUAUCAUCGACAAUCCUAAUGUAGGCGAGAACCUGCAAGAACAUGGCCUCGUCCCAUUUACCUGGGAGGCUGCCGAUGGUCAAAUAACUGGGGAAGCAUUACGGGAUCCUGAGGUAGCCAAAGCCGCCAUGGAAGCGUGGCAAUCUUCGGGAGCUGGACCAUUAGGCUCCCAUCCACUAGGUUCGGCUUUCAUGACUCUCCCGGAAUUGGAAAACGGCGAGCUAUCCGGCCUCAUAGAAAAGCACCUGGAAGAGGAAGGUUCCGCCAGACAGACGGCACAGUACCGUAUUCUUCGCCGAUUUCUCGAAGAUGACGACGAGCCAACGUGCCAGUAUACGCUAGCACCAUUUCAAAUGACGCCUGACAAAGGCUCCGAUCCUACAGGCACCUUUAGCAUGUCAGAGCCCGGAAACUACAUUAGUAUAGUGGCAGUCUUGAACCGGCCAUUUUCCCGAGGUUCGGUACAUCUAGCCUCGUCAGAUCCAACAGUGCUGCCGACUUUCGACCCUCGUAUGCUGUCACAUCCACUUGAUCUGGAGAUCCAAGCGCGUCAUGUAAUGUGGCUUGAGACGCUGGCAGCCACGGAGCCCAUGGCAUCGCUGCUGAAGCCUAAUGGCCGUCGACUGCAUUAUCCGACGCGUGUGACCAGCUUAGAAACAGCACGUGAGCUCACGCGGGACCGCUUAAUAUGUCAUUAUCAUGUUUCAGGAACGACAGCUAUGUUGCCGCGAGAGAUUGGGGGUGUGGUUGAUGAUCGGUUGAGGGUGUAUGGAUGUAGGAACUUGCGCGUGGUAGACGCCAGUGUGAUUCCACUGAUUCCUCGCGGGAACAUCCAGACGACAGUGUAUGCUGUGGCGGAAAAGGCUGCUGAUAUUAUCAAGGAGGAUAGAUUGGCUUCGUUGUGAUGGGAAAUGGCUCUUGGUAUCCUGGAUAUCUUGUUUUGGCUUACUGUGGGGUGGAGAGACAUAGUCAUUUGGCUGAUAGCGUGCCUUCAUUGAUGCUGCAACCGG